AUGAGCCGUGACAGAACACGAGAAAGAACAACAGUACCCGCCAGUGGCAUGAGCGUCCACUCGCUCAUCGGCAGGUUCCAGGAAGCAGCAUCUGCAUCGCAAGCACCUCUGUUUCUGGCACCUUCGUCGCUGGCGCCUCCGUCGCUGGCGUCUUCCCACCAGCCUGCCUCCUCCAUCCACACCUCCAUCCCGUCGUCCCACCCCACAGCCAAGUCAGAGGGCCACACCCCUGUCCCUCCCGACAUCUCGUCCACAGGACUCUUGUCGUUGCUUGGUCCGUCGGUGUCCUCGUUUCCGUACUCAGAACAGGCAUACAUCGAGAGCGUCAAGCUACGAAGCGAGCAGGAACGCACCAAACAGGAGUUCUACAAGCUCGAGAUCGCGUCCAAGAACUUGACCAUCCUACAAAAUGCAUUGAGGGCCCAGAUCCCCGUCAAUUUGAUCCCGUUGAUGUGUGUGGGUGACCUUCCUCCCGCGCCUGUGCCGCCACAGGCGUCCCUGGCGCCUCUGGCGAGCCACCAGCAGCCCCAGACCAAGACUACACCCGUGCAAACGCCCAAACCGGUGCCAAUUCCCGUUAUCAGCGAGGAAUUGGAAGGUAAAGAUGCUUCCCACUCGCGCUCCUCGAGCAGAGACUUCGACAUCACCCCCACGGGACCUCCCAUAGGCUUCAAGUUCGGAGGAGGUCCCUCGCCCACGUUGAACCCGUCGAGAAGACCGCUUCUGCCUGCCAAAAUCGGGGCUGCUGCCGUGGCAAACUUGGCUCUUCCCACCACUCCAUACAGAAGCGUCACCUCCAACACCCGCAAAACGCGACACUCCCGGCACUAUUCGAUGCCAGUGGAAUCAUCCAGUAGAAGCACGCGGUCGGAAACCCAGGCGCAAAAAGCCAAGGGCUCCACCACAGGCCCAGGAGCCACUUCUGGGGCCGCUUCUGGAACUCCAGCUGCAUCGCAAGCCUCACAGGCCCAGGGCGGAACGUCGACCAUCCAGGUCAAUCCUGUUCCAGCCCAACCAUUGCAUAAACAAAGUAAGCUGAACCAGCCACCGUCGCAAGAGUCGAUGACCUCGUUCCAGCACAUCAUCCAGUUCCACCACUGGAAACCCGAGGGUCCAGGACAGGGCCCCAAUAUCGGCCUGGGAAACCCGUUCCGAGUUCAACCCCAGCUCCAACCACCCCAAAAUACCCACAAAAGGCACAAGUCCAGCUCGGAAUCGGUACCAGGCGAAGGUCCCACCACGCCCUUCAAUCCCCAAGUCGAACGCGAGCGUAACACUAACGACACCAUCGAGGAGGAAACCAGCAUGACCAUGGACUCCACCAUCGACGACUUGAACAGCGCAGACACCAGCCUGGUGGUGCCACGCGACGAUCCCAACGAGGACAUCGUGGAUGCCAGCUCCAAUCCGCCAGGCCACAGGCGCCAGCUGCUGAAUGUGGGGCGCUAUCCGCACGACAUCCUCUCGCCUUACACCCGAUGA